UUAACUUCGUGGAGGGCAGGUUUAGCGGGAACCGAGGCUUAUGCCCCAGAUCCGGCGGCUGCAGUCCAGGAUGCGUCCGCAGUUUUACUUGUCGCCGACACAGACAACUUGCUCAAUGUGCUCCUGUAUCUCGAUGACCGCCGAUUUUUAGUUGUCUCACGAUAGUCCUCUACCCAUCAUGAAAGCGGUACAGGUCAGCAAGUAUGUCUCCGGACCUCAAGAUCUCACUGUAACCACCUUGCCGACCCCCACCCCCGAUGCUACAAAGUACCUGAUCAAGAUCCAUGCCGCUGGAACGAACUUCUUCGACCUGCUCCAAAUCCAGGGAAAAUACCAGCACCAGCCACCUCUACCAUGGAUCUCCGGCAUGGAGUUCGCUGGCGUCGUGAUGGCCACUCCUACCACGAAGAAGGGCUCAUCGGGCGUAAUUGCGAGUAGUCUUGAUGGAACCAUCAGCACGACAAGAGAUCAUCAAUUCAAAGUCGGUGACAGAGUAUUUGGCGCAAGCCAAGGCGCAUACGCUUCUCACAUUCUCGCCCCCGAAUCGAACCUGUUUCCUAUUCCCGAGGGCUGGAGUUUUAAAGAUGCUUGUGGUCUUUACGUGACCGCUCCAACAGCGUAUGGUGCGUUGAUAACACGAGCAAACACACAACCAGGCGAGUGGGUCUUGGUUCACGCUGGUGCUGGUGGCGUUGGGUUGUCGGCCGUUCAGAUUGCCAAAGCUUUGGGUGCAACGGUCAUUGCAACGGCCGGUUCGGAAAGAAAGAGACAGGUAUGUCUGGACUAUGGGGCAGACUAUGUGGUGGACUAUCGCGACAAGGCCUGGCCGCAAAAGAUUAUUGAGCUCUGCAAGAAACACCGGACAGGUAAUGGCCAGCAAGGUGUGGAUGUCGUAUAUGACCCAGUUGGCAUGAUUGAUCCCUCCAUGAAGUGUAUAGCGUGGAACGGACGUCUGCUCGUAAUUGGCUUCGCAGGCGGCAACAUCGAAAAGGUCGCACUGAACCGAGUUCUCUUGAAGAAUAUUAGCAUAGUGGGAAUACACUGGGGCCAGUAUGCCAACAGGGAGAAGGAAACCAUCCCCGUAGUAUGGAAGGGGAUUUUCGACUUGAUCAAGAGCGGGAAAAUGAAAGGCAUCACGUAUAGCGACAAGCAGUACAAAGGUCUGGAGAGCCUUCCACAGGCCCUGAUUGCGCUUGGUGCACGCGACACCUGGGGCAAAGUAGUGGUUGAACUCGGCGAGCAUGAAGGUGAGGAUGGGAGGAGUAAGUUGUGACUUUUGGACUGCUAUAUAGAGAUGUACAAUUCUAGAGGCGCGCCGGUGGUCGCUGGUUGUGUUGGACUCCUCUGAACAAUCAGAUCGUUGUGAAGGAUAGGCUGAGCUCGGACGAGCUUACUGGAUGGCGAUGGCCUC